AUGAAUGACGAUUAUUCGAGGACCUGUACUUUUGAAGAACUAAAAUAAAGAGUUCCUGAAAAAUAACCCUCAUAGAGAUAAAUUUCUGUUCUAAUUGAUUAAUUUGAUUGGGAUUCCAAAUAUGGUCCUUAUUCUGGUAUGACGAGAGAAGAAAGAUACAAUAGAGCUGUUAAUAAUGGAUUAUAUCCUCCUCCAGAAAUCAAAAAUUACUUGACCUCAAAGCCUCAUCCUUAUUCUUAAUUUUAUAAAUUGUGUUGA